AUGAGAGGCAGGGGCAGGGGCAGGCCGUGCAAUCCUCCCCCGGACCCCGAGCCGUCACCUGCAGCGACCCGAGGCUUACGGCCACGGAGGAAUAUCAAACCCAGGGCCAGGGACAGCGGGGAGGAGGAGAGCCCGCCCCGAGAGAGCCCCAGGCCGCUCAAGGCUAAGAAGAAGCGGGGCCCCAGUGCGUCUGCUCGGGGAAAGGCAUGGAGCAGAGGAGCCUCCAGAGGAGCCUCCAGAGGGGCCUCCAGAGGGGCCUCAAGAGGAGGCAGAGGCUCCCGUGGAGCCAAGAGGAGCAAGACCUCCAAGACUGUGGUGUAUGAUGACCAUGAGAGUGAGGAAGACGACAAUGUGAGCCUGCGCUCAGAGGAGGAAGAGCAGGUGGACGAGGAGACUGAAGAGGAGGAGGAGGGCCUGAAGGGCUCCGAGGGUCUGGAGGAUGAGGAGGCGCUGGAUCCUCUGGAGGAGCUGGAGGAGCUGGAGGAGGAGGAGGAGGAUGCUGGGAGCGAGUGCACUGAGAGCAGCUUCAGGAGCCAGAGCACCAGCAGCACCCCGGGUAAAAGACGAGGGCGUCCCCCGCGGCCUCGCACUCCCUUCCUGGAGGAGAAAGAGGUGCCUCCCCUGGAGCUGCCCGCCUCCUCUGAGGACCUGCUGGUCCCAAACACGGAGCUGCUCAGCGCCAUCUCCAUCUACGACGUCCUGAGGAACUUCAGUGCAGUGCUGCGGCUCUCUCCGUUCCGCUUUGAGGACUUCUGUGCUGCUCUCCUAGGCCAAGAGCAAAGUACUCUGAUCUCCGAGACCCACAUCGCUCUCCUGAAGGCUGUCCUCCGAGAAGAAGAAACGUCCAACACCACCUUCGGUCCCGCCGACCUCAAGGACAGCGUCAACUCCACUUUAUUCUUCAUUGACGGCAUGACGUGGCCCGAGGUGCUGCGCUCCUACUGCGAGAGCGACAAGGAGUACCACCACGUGCUCCCCUUCCUGGAGACGGACCAGUACCCGUACGGGCCCCUGGAGAGCAAGGUGCGGGUUCUGCAGUUCCUGGUGGACCUGUUCCUCAGCACCAACAUGGCCCGGGACGAGCUCAUGUCAGACGGAGUCAUGCAGUACGACGACCACUGCAGAGUGUGUCAUCGUCUUGGAGACCUGCUGUGCUGCGAGACCUGCACCGCCGUCUACCACCUGGAGUGUGUGAAGCUGGAGGUUGUGCCCGAGGACGAGUGGCAGUGUGAGGUGUGUGUGGCCCACCAGGUGCCAGGGGUCAGUGACUGCGUCAUGGAGGUGCAGAAGACCAAGCCCUACAUCAGGCACGAGCCCAUCGGCUACGACCGGCACCACAGGAAGUACUGGUUUCUCAACAGAAGGAUCAUAGUAGAGGAGGUGCGAGUGGAGCAGGGGAGCCGAGAGGAGGCGCGUGUGGAGCAGGGGAGCAGAGAGGAGGCGCGAGUGGAGCAGGGGAGCCGAGAGGAGGCGCGUGUGGAGCAGGGGAGCAGAGAGGAGGCGCGUGUGGAGAGUGGCCGUACCUGGUACUACAGCACGCAGCUGCAGCUGCAGGAGCUGAUGGAGGUGUUGGACCCGGAGCACUGGGAGAGAGACCUGUACACGGCUCUGGAGGAACUCAGUCCAGAAAUACAAACACACAUGGACCUCACCCUGGAACUCACACACAAGGCUAGCAGCAGCCGCAGCUACCUGUCUGCUCUCAACGAAGUGGUGCAGGAGCGUCUCCAGGUGCUACAGGAGGCCAAAGAAGCCAAGCACCGAGAGGAAGAGACCAAGAUGGAAGAGGAGAGGCCCCCAGCGGAGACUGUGGCCACAAGCGACUCCGAGCAGAAGGAUUCUGCAGAUGAGCAGUCAAAGGCAGAGGCCUCCAGUAAAAGCAAAGACGUCCUGACGACGGCUGAGAAGCCAGAGCAGUCCAAACACGCAGACGGUCCGCCCAGCGCAGACGGUCAGAUCAAAGCAGAGCCUCCAGAGAUGACCGACCCGUCCUCACGCUCCUCCUUCACCAGUCAGGACGGCACCGAUGAGUACAACAAGCUGAAAGGAGAGAAGGAGACGGCAGGAGAAGAGCCGGCCCCCCGAGUCAACAAGGAGCCCCUGCUCUGCUCGCUCCUCUUCAAAAGUGAGGCCACGCUGAAGGUGCAGCUCAAAGACCUGUUCAAACUGGGCCAGGAGGGAAAGUACCGCGUCUACCACAACCAGUACAGCACCAACACCCUGGCCCUGAACAAGCACCAGCACCGCGAGGAGCACGACAAGCGCCGCCACCUGUCGCACAAGUUCAGCCUGACCACGGCCGCAGACUUCAAGUGGAGCGGCACCAUCCACGGCUCCCGCGGCCUCACCGUGGCCACGCUGCGCCUCAACAUCACGCAGCUGGAGGCCAACGUGCCGGGCCCCUUCAUGCACCCCAACUGGGCGGCGCACCGCAGCAACUGGAACAAGGCGGUGCAGAUGUGCAGCAAAGCGCGAGAGUUCGCCCUGGCCCUGGCCAUCCUCGAGUGCGCCAUCAAACCUGUCGUCAUGCUCCCGGUGUGGAAGGAGUCGCUGGGACACACCAGGCUGCUCCGCAUGACGGCCAUGGAGAGAGAGGAGAAGGAGAAGGUGAAGAAGAAGGAGAAGAAGCUGGAGGACGAGGAGACUCUGCAGCAGGCCACUUGGGUCAAGUACAGCGUCAACAUCAAACACCAGGUGUGGAAGCAGAAGGGCGAGGAGUACAGAGUGACUGGAUACGGAGGAUGGAACUGGGUCAGCAAGACCAGAGUCUACCGCUUCGUGACCAGACUCCCCGGCAACACCAAUGCCAACUACCGCCAGCAGCUGGAAGCUAAACUGAAAGAAAACGCUGGAACAAAGAGUGGAAAGCAGAGUGAGGGACAGGAGCCUCCAAGCACUUCAGAAACAGAUGGGCAGAAGCUGAAAGAGGAGCCAAAGGAGGAGGAGAUGGAGGUGGAGCCGGCUGCAGAGAAGACAUCUCAAGAAGAAGACAAAACCAACCCUCUGAGCAAGCUGCCUGCGAGCUCCGAGGCCGAGCAGGAGGAUCAGAAGGAGCAGAAAGAGCCGGAGCCCUACUAUGACGUGGUCAAUGUGAGCCAGGGCUUCCAGCUGCGCACCGCCUUCAAGAAGAAGGUCAAACCCUGCAGACUGGACUCUCUGCUGGAGCGACGCGUUAAACAGUUUACCUUUGAGGAGAAGGCGCGGCUGGACAGGCUGCGGCAGGCCGCCCUCGUGCCUAAACCCGCCUCCUCCAAACUACCCACUUCUGUCAAAACUGAGCCAGCCAUCAAAGCAGAAGAAGGAAGACAAGUGAAAGAUUAUGUGGUGAAGAAACUCAGCUUUGAACCUCAACACGUCCAAAAUGAUCACAAGACAAAGGCGGAGAACGAAGAGGGUUCUGCUCCUCAGGUCAACGGAGAGUCUGAGAACAGAAACAAUGGACUGUCUGAAACCUCUGAGAACAUCUGCAGCUCCACUGAAAACGACAAGAAAAGAACUUUCGAGGAAGUGGAGCAGGACUGUAAGAGUGGCUCUUUGCAAGUCAACGGAAACGAGGAGCUGGUCGACCUGAAGAACAAAGAACCAACGCUCAAGUCUUUAAUGAACGGAAAGCUGCGUCCAAACGAUUCACAUCCACCGCCCAAUAAGAUCCAGAGACUGGACAAUAAUCACGAGAGCCUAGAUGCCCAAGAAGUGAAGGACACCACCAAAAGCACUAAUACUUUGGAUGAAGCCAAAGUCCAGGCUCCUCCCCCUCAGCAAGCCCCUCCCCCUCAGAAAGCUCCUCCUCCUCAGAAAUCUGCCUCUACGAUCAGCAGAGAGUACUCCACGAUCAGCAGAGAGUACUCCACGAAGGAGCGCGUGAGCCUCCAGAGGUUCUCCAAAGGAAAGAAGCUGCGCUCGGGCACCGCGCUGCCGUCCUACCGUAAGUUUGUGACCAAGAGCAGCAAGAAGAGCAUCUUCAUCCUUCCCAACGACGACCUGAAGCGUCUGGCGCGGCGCGGCGGCUUCAGGGAGGUGCCUAUUUUCAACUACAGCGCCAAACCCGCCCUGGACAUUUGGCCCUACCCCUCGCCACGGCCCACCUUCGGGAUGACGUGGAGGUACCGGCUGCAGACGGUGAAGUCUCUGUCAGGGGUGAGCCUGAUGCUGAGGCUGCUGUGGGGGAGUCUGCGGUGGGACGACAUGGCCGUCAAACCUUCCACCGCCAUGGGCACCACCCGCAAAGAGACCACAGAGACAGACAUCAUCACCACAGAGAUCAUAAAGCGCAGAGACGUGGGGCCUUUUGGGAUCUGCUCAGAGUACUGCGUCCGGAAGAUCAUCUGUCCAUUAGUGAACCGCGAGUCCUGCAAAGCUGAGGCCCCCACUCCGCAGAGGAAGGGCCUCCGCUCCAGUGCCCUGAGGCCCAAGAAGCAGCAGGAGGCGGCCAAACAGUCGGGGCCCGUCGCCGUGGAAACCUGGAUCUCUGAGGAGGAGCUGGAGCUGUGGGAGAUACGAGCCUUUGCCGAGAGAUUGGAGAGGGAGAAAGCACAAGGAGCAGAUCCUUCUAAGAUCGGAGCGUCUCUGAAAACUGUGGAGGAGGUCAAGGCUCACCUGGAGAACCAGCUCAAACAGGCCAGACUGGCAGCUCAGCAGAAACGCCUGGAGCAGCAGAGGUUCCUCCCCCCCACCUCCUCCGGCUCCCCCUCUCAGGCCACCUCCACCUCCUCCGGCCAAUCCAACCCCGCCUCCCCCAGCGCCUCCCCCAGCACCCCUGUGUCCAACCCCCAGAGGCCCAGGCUCGUCACCUCUGGGACCAAGAUGCUGAUGUCCUCCAAACCUGGCGCCCCCUUCACCCCCGAGAAGAACUUUGAACAGUCCUACAUGUCCUGGGUGAAGAGCAGCAGUACAGCAGGCACAUCAGCAGAGAACCAGAAGAGCAGCAGUAUCUUCCCGGCCGGACCCCCCGCCAACCUGAGGACCUACAGCACUUUACACCCCACCACCGGGAACAUGAACCUGCGGGCCGCCUCCACCGCCUCCACCGCGCCCACCCCCACCCCGGCCGUUCCAGCUGCCACUCAGCCCCCUCCACCUGGUGCUCCACCUGGUGCUCCACCUGGUGCUCCACCUGGUCCACAAGGUCCCCCUCAGACAGCAGCAGCCCCUGCCUCUGCUCCCCCCACGGCUUCCCAGACCCCCAAACCCCAGCAGGGACAGGUCAAACUGACCAUGGCCCAGCUCCUGCAGCUCACACAGAGCGCUCAGGAGGGGAACCCCGGUCUGACGGUGGUGAUCCAGGGCCAGGGCCAGACCCAGGGACAGCUGCAGAUCGUGCCCCAGGGCGUGACUGUGAUCCCAGGGCCGGGACAGCAGCUGAUGCAGGCCGCCAUGCCCAACGGACAAGUGCAGCGCUUCCUGUUCACUCCUCUGCCCCCCUCCACCACCCCCGCAGUGACCCCCACCACCACCCCUGCAGUGACCCCCACCAAGCCCACCCCCAUACAGCCACGCCCACCCGCCCAGACCACUCCCUCCGCCUCACUGCCACAGACACUCAUGUCUGCUUCUGUCCCCAUAUCACAGCCCUGUCCUGUUACUCCCUCCCCCAUUCUGCCCAAAACCACCAACCAGAUACACACCGCUCCUCCUGCUCCUCCUGCUCCUGCUCCUGCUCCUGCUCCUCCUGCUCCACAACCUCCUGCUCCAUCGCAAAUCCAGGCGCUUCUCCAGCCGCCUGUGACUACGCAAGCUUUAACUCCCAGCUCUCAACUGUCUGCUCCCAUGGUUCCUCCAGCAGCAAUGAUCCGACCCCCAAACCUCCCCCAAGUCUUCACACAGUCGUCCCCCCUCAGACCCCCAUCCCCCCUCAGACCCCCGUCCCAGGUGCUGACCCCGUCCCAGGAGCUUGUGUCUCAGAUGUCUCCCCUCACCGUGAUGAGCACUGCCCGUGUGGUAGCAGCCACCAUCCCCCUGACCGUGCCUGUGCCCACCCCGGCCCUGGCCCUGGUGUCUGCCCCUCUCAUGGGGGUCUCGCAGGCUUCGCCCUCUCCGGUUAGAGCGCAGCUACAAGCCUCCUUCAGGGCUCCAGCACAUGCAGCCGUGGUCACGCCGGUCACCGCCACGGCCACCACCCCUUCUGUGCCAGUUCUGACAGAACCAAGAGCUGCACCUCCUCAAGCCUGGACCCAGACCCAGCCCCAGACCCAGCCCCAGACCCAGCCCCAGACCCAGCCCCAGACCCAGACCCAGACCCAGACCCAGACCCAGACCGAGACGGUCCAGCAGGCCAGCGUCUCCACCUUCGCUGCCCCUCUCAAAGCAACGACCACACUGAUGCAGAUGCCUCAGCUUCCCAUGUCCGCCGGUCAACGCACCCUCAUACCCACCUGCCAGCUCCAGGCUCCCCUUACCCUGCCCCCAAUGCAAGCCCCCAUUCAGCGACCGCAGCUCUCACAAGUAACUCGGCUUCCUGUGUCCCAAAACCAGUCCUCUCUGCUUCCUGUGUCCCAAAACCAGUCCUCUCUGCUUCCUGUGUCCCCAAACCAGUCCUCUCUGCUUCCUGUGUCCCCAAACCAGUCCUCUCUGCUUCCUGUAUCCCCAAACCAGUCCUCUCUGCUUCCUGUGUCCCAAAACCAGUCCUCUCUGCUUCCUGUGUCCCAAAACCAGUCUUCUCUGCUUCCUGUGUCCCCGAUACAAAUGCAUACAAUCACAUGCCCUCAAAUUACCCAAGUCACGACCGCUCAAAUCCAGUCCCUGCAGCUUCCCGGAUCCACGAUCCAGACGCAUUCACUGCUACGGCCACAGAUCCAGCCACAAAGCCAACUCCUGACGCAAAUCCAAUCGCCUCAGCUUCUUCCCACGUCCGCACUCCAACCGCAUCCGAUCCAGCGGCCGCCCAUUUCCCAAGUAUCGAGCGCACAGAUUCAGCCACACAGUCUCCUGGUGCCGCACCUCCCUGUGUCCCCCAUUCAAGCACAUAUGAUCCCACAAACGCAGAGUCCGCCCCCGCAACUUCCAAUUGCACCAAUGCAAGGCGCAAUCAUUCCCACUUCUCCGUUACCGGUCACCCGGAUUCCAGUUUCUCAGAUUUCAGUCUCCCAGAUUCAGGCCCAUCAAAUUCCUCAUAUUUCCACGGUGACGACCGCUACGACCAUCCAGUCCUCUCCGCUUCCUGUCUCCCAGAUGACCCAAGGUGCUCUGGUCCCCACAUCGCAGAUCUCUGUCCCCACAUCGCAGCUCUCGGUCCCCACAUCGCAGCUCUCGGUCCCCACUUUGCAGCUCUCGGUCCCCACUUCGCGGCUCUCGGUCCCCACUUCGCAGCUCUCGGUCCCCACUUCGCAGCUCUCGGUCCCCACUUCGCAGCUCUCGGUCCCCACUUCGCAGCUCUCGGUCCCCACUUCGCAGCUCUCGGUCCCCACUUCGCAGCUCUCGGCCCCCACUUCGCAGCUCUCGGCCCCCACUUCGCAGCUCUCGGUCCCCACUUCGCAGCUCUCUGUCCCCACAUCGCAGCUCGCUGUCCCCACAUCGCAGCUCUCUGUCCCCACAUCGCAGCUCUCUGUCCCCACAUCGCAGCUCUCUGUCCCCACAUCGCAGCUCUCUGUCCCCACAUCGCAGCUCUCUGUCCCCACAUCGCAGCUCUCUGUCCCCACAUCGCAGCUCUCUGUCCCCACAUCGCAGCUCUCUGUCCCCACAUCGCAGCUCUCGGUCCCCACAUCGCAGCUCUCGGUCCCCACAUCGCAGCUCUCGGUCCCCACAUCGCAGCUCUCAGUCCCCAUCUCCCAGUUCUCCCGCAUACAGACGUCGCAGAUGCAAACGUCCUCUGCACAGAUCCCGGUGUCGUCCGUGGCGAUGCACAUCAAAGCUUUGCCAGUGUCGACGGUCGUGACCACCGUUGGACAGACUCACCUCCAGAGCCCGACACAAGCAGCGCCUCAGAUCCGUGCUCAGAUACAAGUGCAGAAGUUUGGACAAGUCCAGCAGCAGCUGCAGAACCAAGCACAAGGACAGAUCCGAGUCCAAUUUCAGCCCAGAGCACAGCUGCAUCCAGCCACACAGGUACAGUUUCAAAACCAAAGCCUCCCCCAGGUGCAGAGUCCCACCCGGCUCCAGCCUCCAUUCCAAUCCCAGGUCCAGUCUCCAGUCCCACAUCAGACCCAGCUCCAUGGGCCAGUCCAAGUCCACUUCCAGCAGCCGCAGCCAGGCCAGACGCAGACCCCCGCCUCCCCUCAGCUCCUGCCUCAGUCUCCCCCCGUCCAGGCCAAACUGCAGGUGCAGUUCCAGCCUCAGAGUCCCCCUGGAGUCCCAGGCCAGCUCCAGGUGCAGUCCCCGCUGCGCCACACUCAGCUCAUCACGGUGCCAGGCCUCCAGCAGCCUGUGCAGCUGCUCUCCGCCCUGCCUCCCCACGUGGCGGCACAGAUCCAGGCUCAGAUCCAGGCCCAGGCCCAGCAGCAGGGGGGGGCGGUCCCCCAGCAGAUCAAACUUCAGCUCCCCAUCCAGAUCCAGACUGCAGGGGGCGCCAUUCAGAACAUGGUGACCAUCCAGGCUCCACCCACAGUCCAGGAGCAGCUGCAGCGCAUGCAGCAGCAGCAGCAAGCUGCGACGCCACCAAAGAAGAAGAAGCACACAGAGAGCAAGAGAGACAAAGAGCUCCCUCUGCAGGCUGCAGCAGCGAGGGACGGACACAACAACAAGGCGGCCAUCAAGACUUCGGCUGCAGAGCUGUUGAAGCAGAAGAAAUGUCAAGCGGCUGCGGAGAGGGAGGAGAACCAGAGGAUGAUCGUGUGCAACCAGGUGAUGAAGUUCCUCCUGGACAAGAUCGAGAAGGACGAGAAGCAGGCGGCGAAGAAGAGGAAGAAGGAGGAGGUGGUGGAGCAGAAACGCUACAAGCAGAACGCCUCCAAGCUGACGGCGCUCCUCUAUAAGCACAAGGAGCAGCUGAAGGCGGAGAUCCUAAAGAAGAGAGCGCUGCUGGACAAGGAGCUGCAGCUGCAAGUCCAGGACGAGCUCCGUCGUGACAUUGUGCGUCUGCAGCGAGAGCGGGAAAAGGCACGCGCCGCCAUCGCCCAGGCCGCCGCCGCCACGGUGAAGGCAGCCUCACACUCCUCCACUCUCCCCCUCCACCCCCCUCCUGCCGCCGCGCCUCCUCCCAGCACACACCCCUCCCACAGCAGCGCUCCCCUCCCCCCCUCCUCCUCCUCCUCCUCUUCAUCCUCCUCGCCGCAUAAACGCAAGCGCGAGGAGGAGCGCGAGAGAGACCGCAGCCGAGACAAGCACCGGCAUCACGACAAGAAGAGAGAGAGGGACAAGCACCGGGACCGAGAGAGAGACCGGGACCAGCAGAGGGACCAGCAUAAGGACCAGCAAAGGGACCAGCAAAGGGACCAGCAGAGGGACCAGGAGAGAGAGCGCCAAAGAGAGCACCCGCACGGACCCCCAAGGCACAAGAAGAAGAAGAAGCAGUCGUCUACCUCGAAGGAGCACAAGAAGGACAACAAGCUAUACUGUGUCUGCAAGACGCCUUACGACGAGUCCAAGUUUUACAUCGGCUGCGACCUUUGUUCCAACUGGUACCAUGGGGCGUGUGUGGGCAUCACGGAGAAGGAGGCCAAGAAGCUGGAGGACUUUGUCUGCAACAACUGCAAGCGCGGUCAGGAGGGAGCAGGAGGAGCAGGAGGAGCAGGAGGAGGUGGAGGAGGAGACAGCAGCAACGAGGAGCUGUACUGCAUCUGCCGGACCCCUUACGAUGAGUCCCAGUUCUACAUCGGCUGCGACCGCUGUCAGAACUGGUUCCACGGCCGCUGUGUGGGGAUCCUGCAGAGUGAGGCCACUCACAUCGACCUGUACGUGUGUCCACAGUGUCAGUCCACAGAGGACGCCAUGACGGUCCUGUCUCCUCUCACUGACAAAGACUGUGAGGGCCUCAAGAGAAUACUGCGCUCCCUGCAGUCGCACAAAAUGGCCUGGCCGUUCCUGGAGCCGGUGGAUCCACACGACGCUCCCGACUACUACCGCGUCAUCAAGGAGCCAAUGGACUUUGCCACGAUGGAGAAGCAGCUGCAGAAGCGACAUUACCGUAAACUCACUGAGUUUGUGGCCGACGUCACCAAAAUCUUCGACAACUGUCGCUACUACAACCCCAACGACACGCCCUUCUUCCAGUGCGCAGAGGUCCUGGAGGCUUUCUUUGUACAGAAGCUCAAAGGCUUCAAGGCCAGCAGAUUGUCAGACUCUGAUUAA